CCUGUGUUGACUGACGCAGGAGAGCAGAGCAGUGGACGAUUUGAGCUGCGCUGAUGUGCAACAACUAAGACCGAGAGUCAGGAGUCCUGGGUUUUUAUCAGAAUACCACAUUCUGCUAACAGAUGAGCGUCUGAAAUGCCAUUGUUUGCACUUGAUGUAUUCGGUUACCAAAUUAUUAACUUUACUGUGUUCUCUGCUGCGCAUAAUCGAGAUCAUCUGUCCGGAGUCUAUAUUACUGCUCCAGUAACGGAUUGAUCCACGCUUCUCAUGCAAAUUUACGGCAUGACAUGUAGAUAAUCAUCCGAUACUUAGAUGGGGCUCCUGAGGAUCAUCAUGCCACCCAAGUUCCAGCUGCUGGCUGUUAUGGCGUUUGGAGUGGCGAUGCUUUUUAUUGAGAACCAGAUUCAGAAGCUGGAAGAGUCUCGGUCAAAGCUGGAGCGCACCAUGGCCAGGCACGAGGUGCGAGAGGUGGAGCAUAGACAGACGCGGGACGGUCUGCGAAACUCUCCAGCUUUGCCUGAGAUUGAGGACCUGGUCAUCAUCUAUAACCGUGUGCCCAAGACUGCCAGCACCUCCUUCACCAACAUCGCAUAUGACCUGUGCGGAAAGAACCGCUUCCAUGUUCUCCACAUCAACACCACCAAGAACAAUCCAGUCAUGUCCCUGCAGGACCAGAUGAGGUUUGUAAGGAACGUGACAUCCUGGCGAGAAAUGAAACCAGGUUUCUACCACGGCCAUGUUGCCUACUUGGACUUCACAAAGUUUGGGAUCAAGGGGAAGCCAGUUUACAUCAACAUCGUACGGGACCCCAUCGAGAGGUUGGUGUCUUACUACUAUUUUCUCCGAUUUGGAGAUGAUUAUCGGCCAGGUCUCAGACGAAGAAAGCAGGGCGACAAAAAGACGUUUGAUGAGUGCGUGUCGUCAGGAGGUUCUGAUUGCACUCCUGAGAAGCUUUGGUUACAGAUCCCGUUCUUCUGUGGCCAUUACUCAGAGUGCUGGAAUGUUGGCAGUAGAUGGGCCCUCGAGCAGGCCAAGUAUAAUUUAGUGAAUGAGUAUCUGCUAGUGGGAGUGACUGAGGAGCUGGAGGAUUUUAUCAUGAUGCUCGAGGCAGCGCUACCACGUUUCUUCAGAGGAGCAACUGAGCUCUACCGCACAGGUAAGAAGUCUCACUUGAGGAAAACAAGCGAGAAGAAACCUCCCACUAAAGAGUCCAUCUCAAAGCUGCAGCAGUCCAACAUAUGGAAGAUGGAGAACGAGUUUUAUGAGUUUGCGCUGGAACAGUUUCAGUUUGUGCGAGCUCACAGCGUCAGGGAAAAAGACGGAGAGCUUUACCUGCUGGCUCAGAACUUCUUUUACGAGAAAAUCUAUCCAAAAGUAACCUAGAGUAUGCAUUAUCAUCCCGGUCCAUGUAUCGCUCGGCCUGUUCGUGUACUGUUCUGUCACUUUCACUGGCAAGAGAAGAAGAGGACGUCAAGAAAUGUGGACACGAAAUCCUGGAGAUCCAAGACUAGAGGUUUUAGAGCCUGUUUUUAUUUUAGUUCGUUUUUUGUUUUUUUGGGGGUUUUUUUUGAGAUAGAAAGAGAGAGAGAGAGACUUUACGCAGUGCUGACCACGACUCUCUUUAUCAAGUCUCUUCGAGCCCAGUCUCUUUUUAUGAACUUUCACAGCAGCGAAAACACUUGUGACAUAAACAUCACAUUUUCACAUAAUUCAUCAUGCCUUCCAAAAGAAAAUGACAGAAGCUUUUUUGGCCAUCAGACAUGGUUGUGAAAUAUGAAUUUUGAACAGGGUCAAAGGGGGUACUUUUUGUACCAGGCAUUUGGUACAUUAGGAGCACCUCCUUAUUUUACUACUAACUGUGGUUUUGUGAAUUCUUAUCACUUUCUUGCAUUGUGUAUAUUGAUUUUUAAUAGAAUGCCAUGAACAGUGUUUACAGACUUUAGUAAAGGUAUUGCCUAGCCGGAGUUUAGAAAGUGGUGAAACAGAUUUCAUAUCUGUACAAAUUGUAUUUAUGUGUAUAUUUUAUGUAAUUGGACCAAAUGGUUGUAAGAAAUUCAAAGCUGUAGAGUUUAAAAUUAGUUCGAAAAUAGACUUCUUUUUGAGAAACCCA